AUGACACAGGACUCGGCAGCUGAUGAAUUUAUAGGUGCUACGCUGAGGGACCGCCUCGAAUAUGCGUUGCUGCCAAAUGGAAUCCGUCAGCAAGAGCAGUUUCUCCCAGCCGGUUGCCUUGAGUCAAUUUGUGCCAAAGUAGCUGUUUUUACUGAGCUUUCUAGGUACUUCGACGAGGAAGAGGCUAAGCAUGUUACAUCAUAUAUUUGCGACCCAAGAAAGCCUGCCAAAAAGAUAUUUGCUAUUUUAGCACUCAUAAACCGCAUUGAGUUAAUCGAAACCUUCCGAUAUGCGACGUUUACUGACCAAGACUUGCCACUCGCAAAGAAUAUUGAAGAGUCGGGAUUGCGAUCUCGCUGGCCAGAAGAUCAGCGGACCGUCCUGCUUACCAGAAGCCUCCGAGAUAUCAAGGCCAUACGUGACUUCAACCUCAAACAGUGGUGCGUGAAUAUCCCCUUCUUUGGGAGGGGCGUCUGUCAGACCUAUGGGGAUCUGGUGUUUGAUUCGGAUGCAAUUAUGCCGUGGGAAUCUGCUGGGCACAACAUCGUCACUGGAGGGUAUGGGUUUGUUCAGAAGGUCAAGAUUCACAAAGACCACCAUUCUUUUGAGACGGGAUAUAAAAGUUUUGCAUUAAAGACUAUACUGCCAGCAAAGGAAAAAGCUCGAGGUAUUUUCCGGCAGGAGUUAGUCGCUUUUCGCAAGCCAGCCAUCCACUGGGGGUUCCCAAAAUUGCAGACUUUGGUCUCACCAGAUUUCACAGUCAAUCAUCUCGAACAAGAAGAAGCCGAUUUACUGCGUAUAGUUGCUCGCAAGAAUACCGCUCACCCGAACAUGAUAUUGGCCAUAUCAUCUCUAGGAAAGUGGACAUAUGGGCACUUGGCUGCGUUUUCUCUGAGCUCUUCACUUGGAUGCUUCUCGAACAUAAAGCAUGUGAAGAAUUCCGCAAAGCAAGAAAGCAAGAUGCCUUGUUUUCAGGAGACUGGAGCUACGUCCAGAAUGACGAAAACGACAUUGAGGACAACUUUUUUUCAGAGACAUAUCGAGAUAAAUAGGACGAAAACUUUUCAUCGACUACUACGAGACCAUCCGAAGAUUGGAUACGUCAAGCAAACCCGGGUUGGAAGAAAGGAGAAAGUAAGAUUGGAUCAAGCAAAUUCCUCUGCCAGCUCCAGACAGUUCAAGCAGAUACCAAGGCUCAAGCCCAGCGUAUCACAGCUUGUAAAUGAAAUACAUUACAGGAACGGGCCGGCCUUUCUUGGAAAGUUCUUAAGGUUUAUUAAGAAGGAAAUGCUGCACCCAGAUAUUAAGGCAGUAUAUGCUUUCUACUAUUUAAAGUUUAUUAAGUAUUACAGUUAA